GUCAGAGAUGACUUUUUACUUUAGAGCACUCUGCCGUCAAAUGAGGAAGUAGUACAACUUACUUGAUAGUAGUGUAGUAAUACAACUACGACAAAUUUUUGCGUACCUGAAUCUUUAGUUGUUGGCUAUCAUCCCUUUUUUUUUACUACGAUGGAUACCGAUGUUGAGUCCUGUUUGAAAGAUUGGAACGACCUAGCACAAGAUUACAAGGAAUUAGAAGUAAGAUAAUUUUUUGUUAAUCCUGGGUACUGAUGUUGUCGAUGAUUAACACGUUGGACCAUUUUCUGUGAGACAUUAAACAAAGAAUAUCUUGCAAAAUUAGAGGAAGUAGUUGAACUUCAAACAAAAUGUUUAAAAGGAAUUUCUCAUCAAACAUACAGAAUGAGUGUAAUAUCAAAAUCACUCAAACAAUUACAUGCAAGCGAAACACAAAAAGGAUUAAGCAAAGAAAUGGCAAAACGAGAACAGCAAUUACAUGAAAUAGAACAAACUUUACCAAAACCAAAUGGCACAUAUCUUCAAAUUAUUUUAGGCAAUGUUAAUGUUUCCAUAUUAAAUAAAAGUGAUAAGUUUAAGUAUAAAGAUGAAUAUGAAAAAUUUAAAUUAGUUCUUUCAGUAAUUGGUUUUAUUUUAUCUGUAUUAAAUCUAGUAACUAAUAUCAGAACUUUGGAACUUAGUUUCAUGUUCCUUUUAGUUUGGUAUUAUUGUACAUUAACAAUAAGAGAAAGUAUAUUAAAGGUAAAUGGUUCAAGAAUAAAAGGUUGGUGGAGAUUUCAUCAUUUCCUUUCAACUGUAGUAUCUGGUGUUUUAUUAGUAUGGCCUAACACAGGGCCAUGGUAUGCAUUUAGACAACAAUUUCUAUGGUUCAAUGCUUAUAUCAGUGUAGUACAAUCUCUACAAUUCUGCUAUCAACGAGGUGUUUUAUAUCGCUUAAAAGCAUUAGGUGAAAGACAUAAUAUGGAUAUUACCAUUGAAGGUUUUCAUUCAUGGAUGUGGCGUGGAUUAUCAUUUUUAUUACCAUUCCUUUUUGUUGGAUAUAUGUUUCAGUUGUACAAUGCAUAUAUCUUGUAUACAUUAAUAUCCCAUUCAGAAGCUACAUGGCAUGUUUCAGUCCUUAGUGGAAUGUUUUUGGUAUUAUUUCUAGGUAAUACAAUAACAACAAUUAUGGUAAUUCGUCAAAAAUUAAGAGAACGUGUAAAAUAUCAUUUUCCUGGAGUAUUUGCUUCUAAAUUUGAACGUAAAAAAGAUUCAAAUGGAGAAAAAAAUAUGAAAAAACAAAAUUAAU